AUGGGCUUCAACACGAGAGCGGCCGGCCUGCUCGGGCUCUUCUCCUUCUCGUUGGCUGCGCCGGCUCCACAAGUUGGCGCUCCUCCUCCAGCCGGCAACAAUGCCUGCGCGGCUGUCUCGCAGGCUCAGGCCCAGCAGAUGGCCGCGAACCCUCGAGCUGUUGCGAGGGUACCGGCCUCAACAGCCUUCGCAUGCCUCCAGUCCGUGCCAAACAAGCCAGCAGAAGCCGCAAAGCUGAUCGCCAGUACCAAGGCCUACGCCCAAUGGCAGAGUACACUUGCAUGGCUCAAAGAUCCACCACCUUCCUACAUGCUUCCGCCUACGGACAUCCAAGGCGGGCUUGACGCUAUAGGUGCCAAUGCCACGGCAGGAAGGUUCCAAAGCGAGUUCGAGUUCCAGUCUGCCAUGAUCCAACUGGUUGCAUCAGCACAUGACGGCCACUUUGCGAUCCGCCCAGACAUGUUCAAAGCAUUCAGCUUCAGGAAUGACCUUGCCACGGACAUCGUCUCCGUGUCAGUUGACGGCAAGCAGGUGCCAAAACUCUACAACCUCGGCGUCCUCAAUGGCACAGCAUCGAUAGGAGGCACAAACCAGACAGCCGUGAACAGCACGAACGGAAUGCCACCAGCAAUAGUGAAGAUCAACGGCCAAGAUGCCGCACAAGUCAUUGAGGAGCAAGGCUUGAGGUUCAUCAACUUCCAGGAUCCCGAUUCUCAGUGGAACUCACAAUUCCAGUCGUACGCCGUGCCCACAGCGCGGACCGCACUGGCCUCGUCGAUCUUCUUCCUCGGCGACUCGGUGACGCUCGAGUAUGACAACGGCCAGAAGGUGACACAGGAAAGCUACGCCCUGAUCCGACCAACGGCAGAUUUCACGGGUGUGAACACCGGGGAGGACUUCUACCAGAAGUUCUGCAACCCAGCCAAUGCACCACCGCCCACGGCGGGAGGUGGAGGCGGCCAGCCCAUGCAGCCGCCGACACCACAGCCGCAGCCGCCCCCGGGUACAUUGCAGCCGCCGGCGCCGGCGAUUCCUGGAUUCCCCAUGCCCGCGAUCCGUGACAGUGGGGCCAACAUCACAGCCGGGUAUUUCCUCCAAGGCGCGGGAUACGAGGACACGGCCGUGCUAUCGGUGCUGGGCUUCUCGCCCGAGGGAGACUUCGACAUCCUCGAGUACGUGGUCAACUUCCAGAAACUGACCGAGAACUUCCUGGCCAUGUGCAAGCAGGCGGGCAAGACGAAGCUCGUCGUCGACGUGACGGGCAACGGUGGUGGCCUCGUGGCGGCCGGUUUCGAGCUGUAUGCGCAGCUGUUCCCAGGCACGCCGCUGUUCCAGGCCAACAACAUGCGCCUGACAGAAAGCAUGGAACAGAUGGCCAAGAUCUCGGCAGCAUUGCAGCCCGAGGUCCUGGCGCUCGACCUCAACACGCUGUCCCCACAGAACGCGACGCAGAGGCAGCUCGCGCUCGCAGCGAUCUCACAGAGCAGCGUCAUCAGCAACCUCGUCCCGGGCGGCGUGUUCUCCGCCGGCGGUCAGGUGAAUCUGACCUCGACGGACCAGAUCAUCUCACCGGUGACCAUCAAGGGUGACCGGUUCACGUCGUACAUCAGCACGCCGCUGAACGACACGGCCUCUGACUUCAACCUGACGGGAACCGGCAACCGAGCCAACCCGCCGCCGGCAGUGUUCGACCCGAACAACGUGGUGAUCCUGACAGAUGGCACCUGCGGCUCGACGUGCACGUUGUUCUCGUACCUCAUGAUCAUGCAACAGAACGUCAAGACGGUUGUCGUGGGCGGGCGGCCGACGACGGGGCCGAUGCAGUCGAUCGCAGGCGUGGAAGGCGCGCAGGUGUUCCCGCUGAACGAGCUCCAGCAGGCGGCGGCAGCCACGCUAUUCCUGGCGCCGCCGGAGCAGCAGCAGCAGCUGAGCCAGUCGGAGCUCGGUGUGAUCGCCGAGGGCUACCUGCUGGACCGGUCGGCGACGCCGGGCAACGGGGGCGCGAUCAACGGCAAGAACGCCUUCUCGCACACGGACGCGCAGACGCCGCUGCAGUUCCUGAUGCAGCCGGCGCAGUGCCGGUUCUUCUACACCAAGGAGAUGAUCUACGGGCCCGAGGCGGUGUGGAAGCGUGCGGCCGACGCGACGUUCAAGGACCCGCAGGGACUGUGCGUCGAGGGCAGCAUCACGCCGACGAUGGGCGUGCAGGCCAUCUCGAACGACUUCUUCGCGAACCAGCCGGGCAUCGGAGGCUCGAGGGCGGAGGGCGCCAACAACCCGGGGGCGAGCGCCGGAGUCCGCUCCGCGGCGGAGAAGAGUGGCGUGGCGGUCUUGGCUGCGGCGCUGGCCAGCAUGGUGUUGUUCUUAAUCUGA